CUGAUUCGCAGGCGAUGUUCGUUCAUCAUGUCUUCCAUAGAUGAAAGAGCAGUUUUAGAGAGUAUUUUUAAUGCUAAUGAUAAAGGAGCUACGAUAACUAUCAUUGGUUUUGCUGCUAAUUCACUCUUGACGUUCGUAAAGGGUAUUGCAGGAUGGUAUCUCAACAGCGCCAGUUUGCUAGCUGAAGCAACGCAUGGAACGUCUGAUAUGCUAGCAGAUGUAGUUAUUCUCUCUACGUGGACAUUUACAAGACGGCCAUUUAGUGAUCGUUGGCCACUCGGUUAUGGAAAAUUAGAAACGCUCAUAUCAUCUUGCAUUGCUGUUUCUAUGAUGGUCGCGUCUCUUGGAGUUGGUUGUCAUUCUUUGUCUAUUUUCUACAAAAUAGUCAAUGGGUGUGACUCAGAGGAUGUACCACAACUAAAUAGCCAUGCUGCGUGGUUUGCAUUAGCAGGAGCUCUAUUGAAGGAGUAUUUGCAUAGAAAAACUAAGAGUGUGGCCAAAGAGGAGGCAUCUUCUAUUUUGCUAGCAUACGCUGAACACCAUAGAGCAGAUGCUUUGACAUCCCUCGUAGCAUUCAGUAGUAUCCUCUUCACCGCCUUUGGUUUCAGAGCCAUUGAUUCAGUUGGAGGCAUACUUGCGUCGCUAUCUAUUAUCAUUUCAUCUUUCCGUGUCUUAAUCUGCGCGAUGUAUGAGUUGUUAGAUAUCGGAGUAUCAGGUGAAGUGAUAGAAGAGAUCCGAAGUAAAGCAGUAAUGUCGGGAUGCACCACCUCGGUAGCGUCAUUAAGAGCUACAUCUUCCGGUGGGAAAAUGAUCGUCUAUGUCUCGCUCGGCUUGGAUGAGAAAAUGACAAGUCAAGACAUUUCAGAUACGUCAGAACGUUUAAGACAUAUUUUAACAACUCAAAGGCAAGAUAUUGCCGACGUUAUCAUUACACCAAUUAGAGCAGAUUUUCCUUUGUACACUAAGCAUUAAUGCGUAUUUUA